GGGCGCUAUCAUUUUGACCUGAAAAAGAUAAACAAAAUUAAAAGAGAAGAAUUUGGUUCGCCUAAAAUGCCCCCGCAUAGUUUUUUUCCAUAACUACGUGCCUCCUCCCAUCGUCGACGCGGUCCUUCCCAAAAUACACCCGCAAAAUGUCCGCAAAAGGGGAAGAGAGGCUGAGCGCCGCCGCCAAGGAUGGCGACGACGACGACCCGCCAUUUCUGAGCUCUCGAGCUCUCGAAGCUCUGAGGGAGUUCCUGAGCGAGCAGCAGGGCUCGGCGAGGGAGGAAGAGGAAGACGGAGAUGGUGGCUCGGAGGAGGUGCGGCUGCUCGCAGAGGACUGGCGGCUGAGCCAGUUCUGGUACGACCGAGAGACGGCGGCGACCGUUGCCGAGGAGAUAAGAGGUCUCUGUGCCUUCACGUCUUCUGCCGUCGCCUGCGUCGCGUGUCCCACCAUCUACGUUUAUCUCAAAAAAAUUGAUCCUACAAUACCGGUGCAAUUACUUGAGUAUGAUAAACGGUUUGAACAAUAUGGUAGUGAUUUUACCUUUUAUGACUAUAAUCAACCGGAAGAGUUGCCCUCUACAUUAAAGCAUGCAUAUAAAGUUGUUGUUGCAGACCCUCCUUACCUGAGCAAGGAGUGCUUGGAGAAAAUAGCCCAGACAAUUUCUUUCCUAGUCCACCCUAAAAAGCCAUACAUUUUGUUACUUACAGGAGAAGUACAACAGGAGAGAGCUGCUGAGCUAUUGGAUGUGUAUCCAUGCGGCUUCAGACCGCAACACUCCAACAAACUUGGAAAUGAGUUCCGGCUUUAUACAAAUUAUGAUCCUGGAGGGAGAUUGGGCGGCUGGAAGCAAUCCGGCUAGUCCUAUGAGCAUGCUCACUCUUUAAGCUUGAAAAAGGCUCUUCUUAUUUUCCUUUUUAUUUUCAGUAAUGGAGUGAAACGCAUUGAGGUUUGCUUUUCUAUUUUCAUUUCCAAAUUGGUUAGGUUGCAAUUUUAUGCUGGUUGGAAAGCUAAAACUACAGGUUGCUUGAAUCUGUUUGAAAAAGGAUAAGCGGCAUCUAAGGAUGGCCUUUGGCGGGGAAAAAUGGUUAUCACCAAAUACUGUUUGCUCCUAUUAGAUCUCGGUUUGGUUAUCUAUUUUUCUAGUUGUCCCUUGACUCUUUUAUGCUAAUGGAACAAUCAUUUGCACCUGCA